AUGAUCAGAGAGUUACGAAAGGGCGGUGGUGUGGCCAUAUAUUCAAGAUGUGGAUUUUUGACCUCUGAAUUCAGCUUAGCAGAGGUUUGCGAGUCAGACUUUGAGGCAGCGGCUGUGACUGUGGAGGGUGAUUUUCUAAUAGUCUGUAUUUAUAGAUCCCCUGACAGCUCAAUGGAUACAUUUGUUGACAGGCUUGACAAGCUUCUUUCUUCAACUUUUAAGAGAUUUAAGGGAAUUAUUGUGAUUGGCGACUUUUAUGUUGACUUUCUCAGCAACUCAAGCUCAAAGCAGGAGUUGAUGUCAGUCUUCUGUGCCUAUGGUCUUCAGGAUGUGAUUGGGGAGCCUACUCGGGUUACAGCUCACUCUUCCACUCUGUUGGAUAAUGGUUUCAUCAGUGUCAAAUAUAUUGAUGCUGUAUUGUCAAGAGUGAUUAGCUUGUCUCUGUCCGAUCACUUUGCUCAGGAGAUAGUUGUUCCUUUACCUCUGCAUCAGGUGAAAUCUCUCAAGGCUGUAAUGAAACGAUCUUUCUCUGAUCAAAACAAGUUGAAAUUCUCUCACUACUUAGGUCAAUGUGACUGGUCACCUAUAUAUCUGAAUGAGAUUCACCACGAGGCUCAGACUGAUUACUUUGUCCAGAUGUUUGUUCAGGGUUUUGAAAUGGCCUUUCCUUUGAGAAAGUUAGGAAUCCCCAGAAAUACUUCAAAGAUCCCCUGGUCAAAUCCUUACUUGAAGGAUCUCUGUAACAGGAAGCGAGACCUGGAACUGUUUAUGAAGGCUUAUCCUCAAAAUACUCUGUUUCGUGAGUUGUUCAAAAAGAUAUCCUCUGACAUCAAACUGCUGAUCCAUUCUCUCAAGACUGAAUAUUCCAAGAGACUGAUAGCUUCUGCUGACAACAAAUCUAAGGCUGUAUGGAAUCUAAUCAGGAAGGAAACUCCCAUCAGGGUGAGUACUGAGUAUCCAAUUUUGAUUGAUGGCCUCCCAGUAGGAUCACUUUGUGAAGUUGCUGAAGUAUUCAAUGACUACUUUGCUGGGGUGGUUUCAUCGAAUAAUAGGCUCAGUUUGGGGGUUUUUGACGGUCCUUCUUUUUGUGAUUUACUUGUAAAUUCUAACCCUGGUAAUGCUGCUGUCUCUGAGAUGCCAACUUGGUCUGAGCAAGAGGUUGUAUCUAUUGCUAAGAAGCUAAAAAUGAAAAUGUCCAGUGGGUCUGAUGGAAUUCCUUCAAAAAUACUGAAUGAGUUUUUCCAUUGUGUCAGUGGUCCUGUCACUCAGCUUCUGAACAGAUCAUGUGCUUCUGGGUCAUUCCCCGCCUGCUUCAAGGUAUCUAAGCUAAAGCCAAUUUUCAAAAAAGGCUCUCGGAAGGAAGUGGAUAAAUACCGACCUAUAGCUAACUUGACCUCUUUGUCCAAGGUAUGGGAGAGAGCAAUAUAUGACCCCUUGCUGGCUCACUUCCUGAAUAACAAUCUUUUAAGUGAGUGUCAGUAUGGUUUUAGAGCUGGAAUGUCAACCGUAGAUGCAUUGGAGAGUUUCAUCAGUGAUAUCUAUUCAUCAUUGGAUCAGGGUGUUAGGGUCUUGGGGUUUUUCGUUGAUAUGAAGAAGGCAUUUGACAGCCUGAACCACAGCAUUCUCCUAAGGAAGCUUCAUUACUAUGGAAUUAGAGGUAAUUUCUUGUCGGUGAUUGAGUCUUAUCUUAGUAACAGAAACCAGAUGGUUGAAAUAGAGGGCGAUAAUGGUGUUGUCAUUAAUGGAAAAUUCAGGUCUGAACUUCGUCCUGUUGGGAGAGGGGUCCCACAGGGAUCAAUUUUGGGCCCCCUUCUGUUUCUGAUUUACAUUAAUGACCUCCCUGCAAAUGUACAUCAUGCCAAAUCAGUUCUCUUUGCUGAUGAUUCAAAUUUCCUAAUAAUAGCUAGGAAUAGUGAUGAACUUCAGCUGACUGCAGACUCUGUGCUUAGUGAGGUGGCUCAGUGGUGCAAGGCAAACUUGUUGGAGGUAAACAUUAAGAAAACCUCAUUUAUUGAAUUCCAGAUACGGCGAUCACAGCUGGGCUCUUUUCAGUUUGAUAUUGAUGGUGAGGAGGUUCAGCCCUCUACCUCGGCAGGAUUCCUGGGAGUGACUGUCGACCGGAAUUUGGCAUGGAGUGAAGACACAAAAACGACGCCGACGCGCCGACAAUCCAGAGCAGCCAACCGCGUGCGAGAUAGCGGUCGGUGGCUGAGGAGAACAACUUGGCACAUAAUGAAUGCAAAGAGCAGCCCUUGUCUGGCGGAUGACGGCAAGUUUGUGCCCAAAACUAGUAAUCCUCCUGACAAGUAUCUAGUACUACAUCCCAUUCUUGUUACCAUUAAGAACAAAGCAAUAGGAUGUCGAUUGGGGAUUGGUGAUCGAUCGCUGCCAGAAAGGACAAAGUUGUGUCAGUCAGUGCACAACGAGUACAAGGCCAUUUCGCGGCUCACGGCUCACGGCUACUAUGCCAUGCUGUGCUAUGAGACUACGCAUGUAGUUUUGACAGCAGCAGCCGAAGUGGUGUGCGCGCGCGCACGCACGCAAUCGCAGUGGCAACGCUCGAUCGGCAGUGCGGCGCGCCGAGUCGCCCGCCGAGCAUCCUCGCUAAUGCUGGUGCUGCCGUCUGGUGGAACUUGUGUGCCUCACGCAAUUCACACAGCACAGAGCGCGUUCGCACACACGAGGAGACAGUCACAGUCACAGUCUCGUUCAAGAUCAACUCGCUGUCCUGUCGACUCGCUGUGGUGUCACGCCGUGUUGACACUCAUUCGAACUUUGGCCGCCCUUCGUUACUGUGCUUUCACGAGGAUGCUGCUUCCAGAAACUAGUUACUUGGAUGAUAUUGUUUGUGGCAGCAGUAGUGAGACAGGUGUGGUGGUUGGUUGUGUGAUGUGUGUGCUGCGUUUGUGA